GUCUGCAUGAAUUGUAGUCACAUCAGUAAUGAUUCUUGUAUUGUUUGCAAAGUUUCUUUUGGAGAGACUAGCAAUGGGGCUGCAAGAGUUCGGGGGAGGUGUGUUGCCGAAGGCCAGACUCAUGCUGGCGUGGGUGAGGGAAGACUUAGGAGUGGUAAUAGUCCUGAGAUUCAGGAACAAAGAAUUCGGGAUUGUAGGCUUGUCCUAUUUUUUAUUCUACUAGCACCCUAUGUUGCUCUUAAUAUAGUUUUUUCCUUCUGGGCUGACGUGAGCUUCUAGGGCGUUGAAAAAUUGUUCAACUUGCCUGUGCUGUCAAUUGCCUUGAACCUUUUACAGAUUAUACCCAACAAUGGCUCACUUUAUCCAUUACACACAACUUCAACAGAGGUUGCAAAACACAAUUCAUUGUCACCUGUUGUCUAUACAUUGUCUGUCAUCACGAAAAGAGUUUCCACAUGCUCAUGGACUUCACAAGCAUACUGAAUACGAGUUUUCAGCCCGAAUUUGAUGGGCUUCUUUCUGCAAACAGGGCUCCAGGUGAAUCUCUUCUCACUCGGCCCCACCUACCUUCAACUCACUCAAAUCCUCAAAGUCCGGUUACCA